AAAAAAAAAAAAAAGUGCAGAACACCCUAAUCACCUUCAUCGUGUCCCAUUCUUCAUCCUCCACAUCUCACCUCCACCCGCUCACUCGCUACAAACACAUAUACCCCUAAUACAGACUCUUUGUCAACAAUGGGAAGACGAUUAUCAAUGUUCUGCCCCUGUCUCCCUCGCAAGCAACGAGACAAUUUGCUAUCCCGAUCAUUGUACCCUGACCAGGAUUCCUCAGGACAUGAAGACUACAGUGACGAGGACGACAAUGGAUACCAGCCCUACAGACACAGUCAUACACAAUCACAUUAUCCCCAUACCUCUCGUGCACGGCUCCAGUCAAUGGAACCAUCAUCAUCGCCACCCAAUGCGAGCGGCAGCAAUAACGAUAAUCCCUGGCCGUCCAGGUUUUCCAACGGUCGGCUCUCGAGACAUGCGAAUCAGCACAGUUCACAGGACAGGAGCAACCUAAGGAAACCAAAUCCGUUCAGGACACCCUAUCGGGAUGAUGAUAAUGAUGAUGACGAGGAUCAAGAGGGAGUAGAUGCGAAUGGCGAAAGGACGACGACAACAACAACAACAACGACAACGGGGGCGGGGAUAACGAGCUUUGAACCAUAUCGGGACGAUGAUAGCGAGGAGGACUCGAAGGCGAUUCAUCCCAAGAUGGACUAUCCGUCAAAUCGGAUCCGAUCGUCGUCAACGACAGCUACAUCGAUCAAUCCAAGCCCUGCGAAGAGGUUCGUCCGUGCACCCCGGAACCCGCAAGGGAAAUCGAUGGCGUGGGGCGAUGAGGAUGACGGAUAUGGAGAUGCGGAGGAGGUGAUUGAUGUGGAUGCACUCAUUGCUGAACAGGAACGGAUUACGAAGGAACUGGCCGCUCAGGAGGAAGCCCUGCGGAAGGAGGAAGAGGCCGCGAUUGUGGCAAAACGUAUGGCCGCCAUUCGUGCAGCUGAGCGGCGAGGGCUUUUGCGGUUCGAGGGUGAUCAGCUCGUUAUUCCUGGAAGCAGCGUGAACAGCGACAACGACAAUGACCAUGAAAGUAAAGAUAAGGGCUCGUCUAGUGCUGUCAACCAAGGGCGUACGGUCCAGGAUGAUGGCGACUGGAACUAUUCCAGGCGGAUUCAGCAGCAGCAGCAGCAACAACAACAACAACAAAACAGACAUCCAAUGGAACGUACGACAUCUUCAGCGGCCUCGUCGUAUGUCGGAGGGAUCGAUGCCUUCAACCAAGAACUCAAGAUGAUGAGCCUGGAUAUCAACCGUUCAGAAAGCAAGCACCACAACAAAAAUGUGGGCAGGAGUAACUCUCCGCAAUUACCACUACCGACACCAUAUGACAUGGCAACAACGACGACUGCAACACCGAAACCUGCACGGAUAUCAACUUUGACAAGUGCGGUCCAAACUACACCAAAGACGGUUUCAACGGGUGUAUCGACAUCGUCAUCAUCGACCUUGAGCCCGUCCUCGGUCAUGAUUAGUCCCAGAGGAGUGUUCAACAGUGUGGCGACGUUCCUGAAGAAGGUCGAUGGGGUGAUCGCAGGUGAGAGCGGUGAUUCUUCGGACGAGGCGACGUUAUCAGACAAAGAACAACAACAGCAGCAGCAGCAGAAACAGAAGCAAGCUCGAGGUGAGGAUAAGAGUCGAGCAGCUAGCUAUAUGAAUGGACCCCAAAGCUUGACGACGAAUGCUGCCGACGACAAUGUAGGAAGGGAAAGAAGCAGCGGUGGUGGAUACAGUACCGUUGAUGCAGAGGGUCGUGGCCAGCACCGGCAAGAUAGUACUGUGGCAAUUCAUUUGGAUGCUCAGGAACGACCGUACCCAGAGGACCCGUUCAAUACCCCAACAGGGCCGCACUUUCCAAAUGCGGAGCGCCUGUCAUCAUACUCAACUGACCCCUCCAAUGUUAGCAACACUAUACCCAAGAGGUCGUCCUCAACGACGAGUUACAAAGCGCCAGAGCCUUCCAAGGCCACAACAGAACCUGUUGCUGUUACGACUGCAGCACCGGAGGCGGGCAUGUUUGGGACGUUUACGUCAUUCUUUAAUACGGGAUCAAGUCUCAUGGGGUUCUUUGGCGGAUCAGGCGGUGAUGCCGAAGAGGAUGAGAGGGGCCAGAAUAAGGAGGAUGAGUAUGGUCGGCGAUUGUCGAGUUUGAAGUAUGGGGAUCCGAAGAAGCAUCGGUUUAGUUAUCGGAAGGCGACUGUUGAGGACGACGACGACGACGAUGAUGAUGGCAUCGACGACUAUAAUUUUUAGGAAGCGAUCUUUGCUUUGUCCCGUAUCCCCAUGUCCCCGCUAAAAUCUUAUGUAAACUCUAAAAAAUUCAUCCCAUAUAUCGGAUGAAUUUAGGACAAGGGAUACAUACUUUCAUACCCUCGUAUUCAGAUACUUUAUAUCCGCUUUACAGACGCACUUCUAUAAUAUAUUUACCAUAAAGGACUGGGA